AUGAGGAGAUAUUUGGGGCUAAAAAGGAUUUUUUUGCCGUGGUCGAGGAGGGACACCACGCAGAAUGAGUCCAGUCCACUAAUACCAAAGGCAAGCUCUGCAAAAGAGGACGACGAGGAGCGUGACAAUGUUGGACCAGACAAUCGACAGGACGACAGCCGUGUAUUAAUAAGCAACCAACCCCACUACAGAUAUUCUUUUACGGACUAUUUCCUCAAAUAUUUCCUGUUCCUAUGUAAUCUGGUGUUCACAGUUCUGGGUCUGGUGGUUCUUGGCCUGGGGAUGUGGGGCCUCAUCAGCAAAGAGUCGUUUGCUCAGGAGAAGAUCGGCAGUAUCGGCACUGACCCAAUGCUGAUUCUUGUGUCUCUCGGCUUUGUGCUGACCCUGCUCUGCUUGUCAGGCUGUUUGGGCGCCUUGAGAGAGAACUGCUCAUUACUGAAGCUGUUCUCUGCCACGGUGCUGGCACUCAUCACAGCCCAGGUGCUGGCUGGCAUUGUCGCCUACAGUCUACAAGAUCAGGUCGGAAGCUAUCUGCGCUCAGGGAUGUUAGCUGCCAUGGUGCACUACCAGGAUGACCUGGAUCUGAGGUUCAUCGCGGACGAGAUUCAGACAAAUCUUCAAUGCUGUGGGGCAGAUAACUACCAUGACUGGGAACUCAACAUAUAUUACAACUGCUCAGCUCCAGGAGUGCUGGCCUGUGGCGUCCCUGCGACAUGCUGUGUGGAUCCUUUGGAGAAUGGCACAGUGUGGAACUCUCAGUGUGGUUUAGGAGCCCAGCUGCUGGAUGAGUUCAGUGCUCAGAGUGUGAUCUUCCUGGGCGGCUGUCUGGGGGGAAUGUCGCGCUGGAUUGAGCAGCACGAGGGCCUGAUAGGCACAGUUGGAAUAGUUGUAAUAGGAGUCCAGAUUCUGACUCUGUUUAUCUCUACACGACUGUUAGAAAGUAUCCAGUGGCAUAAAAUGUACAUGUAA